AUUCAAAAAACCUGAGGUGACCUUGAUAGUGGAAUGUAUUCUCGACUCGUUAUUACAUGGUGCUAGGUGCCUGGAUGUCAUGGAAAAAGCCGUAGCUUUCGGCAUGCAGCACUACUUAAAAUCUAGUCAUACAGUUUUCCUAAGGGUUAGUGCGCAUCUGGCUACAUCGUCGUUCUCCUGUGUUAGGACUUCGAAGUUCACCUCGGUUCUUUGUAACCAAAUAUCAUACUCUUUAUUCUCAAAAAAUUUACAAAGCCCCAAAUCUCAGCAGACUUAUUUGACAUUCAAAAAUUGUUCCCAGUUUUCUACUGAGUCAAAAGAUAAUGUUCCAUCAGAUGUGAACGGAGAAAAGAAAAAUGAAUUGGACGAUAGGAAAUCUAGUCUGAUUAAAAGAUUCAAGGAUGCUUAUGCAAUUCAUGGCAAAGUUGUCUUGGUGACGCAUGGUGUGUCAUCAUGUGUAUGGUUCGCAAUCUUCUAUUCACUGGCUUCCACUGGGAUCAAUUUAUUGGAUAUUCUCAACAGUCUCAAUGCACCUGAAUGGAUAACCAAACCAUUUCGUUUUGGUGGAGGUACUGUAAACACUUUAGCUACAGCGCUUGUUUUUUACAAGCUAGCAGCACCUCUACGUUACGGUUUCACAAUCAUAUUUACCAGGUAUCUGGUACGCUAUCUUCGAUCCAAAGGAAAAGCACCUGAAGUACAAGAAAGUGAUCGUUUACGUAACCUAGCUAAAGAAGGUGCAGAAAUAUCACGUGAUCGAAUUAAAGCGCGUAUCGCUAAAAAACGACGAAAAUAUAAUCAACGAUAAUUGUUGUACAGUGAUCUUUUUAUCAUUGCAUAUCUAUCUACUCUUGUUUUAUACUUUCCAAUGAAAAUAAUAAAAUAGUUCAAUGCAAAAUAUUUAGAUAACAUUCAAAUCAUUAUGAGUAAUAAGAUAAAGUUUGCAAUAAAUGAUUUCAUAGUAAUAAUAUCUAAACAAUCGACUGUGUAGUUUCAUGAAAGCCUACACAUUCUUAUCGCUUUCAAACAUUAUCGAUGUAUGCAUUUGUCAAUGUAAUAUAAUUUUUAUGGAA